AUGAUUUUUCAGCGAACGAUACCCCCGUCCUACCUUCUUGAUUCUUCGACAGCACCAGGACCUGACUCCCUAGCAUGCAAAGUUUUGCGCCAGCAGAAGGCUCUUGUCGGGGUUUGCAGAACAUGGCAUACUAUUGCUUCGCCAUUUCUUUACGACGAUAUCUAUGUACGGAGAGCUGGACAGCUUCCUGCCCUCCUUCGUACCCUUGAGGGUGGUCAGACAAACUUUGGGGACCACGUGCAGAAACUCACCAUCUACUGUCUUGUUCCACAACAAUAUAGCGACCAAUUUCAUCAGGAUAUACGCCGAGUCUUCCACCUCUGUCCACACCUGACAAAUUUUGCAUAUACCUCGCCAUGCCGUCUUCCUACAUUGAACCUCCCUUCCCUCAAACCCGCACUCACGCACCUGAAAUUCAGUGAUGCCAUUCAACACGAUGCUUUGACGGCUGCAUUGAUGGAGGUCUGUAGCGAGCUAGUGUCGCUCUCUUUCCAGGUCCCUGGCACGCCAGCGAAUAGUAUAAUGAUGGAUCCCAAUCUGCGACUUCCCCGGUUGGAAUAUCUCCAUUGUGGAAUAACCGCUGUCACUAGAACAUACCUGGUCGUGGUCGAACAGUGGUCCAUGCCCAAACUUGGGGGCUUAACAUUCAAGUUGAACGGAAAUCCGGUUAGCUGGAGUGGAGAUUUAAUCGCGAGUUGCCUUGUAUCGUUUUGUAGAGCUCACGGAAAAGGUCUGACGUUUUUGCACAUCCACCCUGAAUACUGGUGGUCCAUGGCAAAGUUUACCAUCGCCGUCCAACCGUUGCUGGAUCUUUGUCCAGCAUUGGAACAUAUUGUGCUUCAUCCUCGAACCGCGCCGCCACUGACGCAUCCCAAAGUCAAGUGGAUAGAUAUCUGGGAGCCCCAUGUGCGUGAAGUCUGUGUCGAGGAGUGGACCACGGUGCGCUUGAGUUUAACACAGCAGGCAUUCCCAUCCCUCAGAGGUGUUCGCACAUUGGGUGCGGCUAUGGCAGCCUUGACCGAUCUGCCUACGAAUAUCCCGCCAAACCUUGUGCUCAACGUCGCUGAUACCUUUGAAUGCAAAUUCUUGGAUUUACUCCUCAGGCACGACCCAGGAUCUUUGCGCUGCAUCGAGCCUGAAUGGCCGGAAGACGCAUCGGAUAGCGAGGAAGAUGCUGAUUUCGUUUAUUGUUCGGAGGAUGACCUUGUUCACAUGGAUGGGACUGUUUCUGACGGUUCUAGUUUAACUUGGUUGGAGAGCGACUCGGAGGCGGACAGUGACACGUAUAUCGAACGGCACUGGGAUGCUGGGGUUGAGACGUGA